AUGCCACCGCGCUGUCCUACUGGGAGUUCAGCCUUUACAUUCGACCUCGCCGCACCAGCGGGAUGGGCCUAUGCACCAGGCGACACCAUCAUCGGCAGCUUGGUGCGAAUGCUACCAAUCGUGACCCCCAAUGCCUCCAUAAGUCUAUCCUUUGCUGGCCGCAUGAAGGUUAAGAUAACCAUGCUACGGGAACAGAAUAGUGAAUCGUUUAAUCUUGACACCUGGCAGCUCGUGGACGUCUACGAGACUGUCAUCUUCAAAGGACCCUUGCAUCUUGCCGAAGGGCGUAAUGAGUCACUGAGCUGGCCAUUUUCUGUCCAUAUUCCAUAUGAGCCUACGGAAUUCUGCAGACAAAACCAUAGCCAGAAGUGCAGCUUCAUCCCACUCAACACAGACCACCCUGCUCACCACAUUCUGCCGGGGUCCUUCUACUCCGAAAGUUCGCAAUGGAGUAACACUAGCUCAUACGAGUGCGUGGAAUACUAUCUAAAGGCUCGAAUGGAAUACCACUCUGGAGGAUAUGACAAAUUGUAUGAAGCUGUCUGUCCGAUCACUCUCCGGCACCCAGUCGCAAAGACUACUGGUAUACCAAAAAUGCUCAAGCAACCAAGGCUCGUCUGCACCCACCGACUGCUUUCAGGAAUGGAAGCUGCAGAUCUGUCAUUCAAGCAGCAUGCGCAAAAGUUCUUUUACUCGUCAAAGGUGCCCACUUUCUACUUCGAUCUCCUUUUCACCGUUCCGACGUCCAUUCAACUGGAUGACCCAACCCCAAUGCCUCUGCAAUUAGAAAUUAUGCCCGAUCUUGAGAAAACAAGCGACAGCAUCAAAGACGUCGGGCAAACUAUCCGCAUUUUGGAUAUUGAAGCAAUCAUGCACGUCAAGACCCAUUCUCUGGCAGCCGGGAACUUUACGAACUCGGUACAUGAUAAUCAAUAUCACGCGAAGCUCGGGUUGGGCCUGCAGCGCAUCUUCACAACUCUCGAAGAGCCGCUGGUCAUUACCACCGGGAAAGGAAACGCACCGUUAAACAUUGGCAAUAUUUUCGGGCUGACUUUGCAUGAACUUGGUAUCAAAGCUGGAAAUCGAAUGUUGCUUUUGGAAAGCUGUACAGGAACCCGCAUUGGGCCAUCUUUCACAACAUAUAACAUCCAGCGCACUCACUCACUGGAGUGGAAGCUUUCUUUGGAGAUUGCGGGAGAAAAGCAAAAGUUCAAAUUCUGGCAAUCUGUUGAGAUUAUUGCUCCGGCAUAA